GACGCCACGCCACUGCUAAACGAGGCCACGUCGGCAAACGGCCAUUAAGGCGAACGAGCGGCUGCAGGCGGGUUGCCAGUCCGAGGAACAUUCAGGGAAGGAGCUGCCUUUCAUCUUUGGACGUUUCAAAAUGCCGCCAUGAGUAGCCAAGACGAGAACGGCCUGGGGGCGCCCUGCGGCUGGAGGAGCGGCCCCGACAUCAGCCACCACUCGGUCUUCCUGAAGGAGACGCUGCAGCUCCUGGUGGAGAAUGCUGUCUUCCAGGCCACCGACAGGAACAACAAGGUGGUGGAGUGGGUGGAACCUGAGGAGCUGGAGGAGCAGCUCGACCUCCGGCUCGGCGAGGAGGGCAUCACCCACGCCGCGCUCCUCGCCUACCUGAGGGGCGUGAUCAGAUACAGCGUCAAGACGGGGCAUCCGUACUUCAUUAACCAGCUGUUCUCCAGUUUGGACGUGUACGGACUCGUCGGCCAGUGGGUGACGGACGCGCUCAACCCGUCCGUGUACACGUACGAGGUGGCUCCCGUCUUCACCAUCAUGGAGAACGAGGUCCUGUCCAACAUGGCGUCGAUCGUCGGGUAUUCUCAGCAUGACGGUCUCUUCGCCCCCGGAGGUUCAAUGGCUAAUAUGUACGGCAUGCUGCUCGCCAGGUACCGCCGGUUUCCCGAGAUCAAGCGUUCGGGCGUGAGUGGGCUGGGGCGCCUCGUGGCCUUUACUUCGGUGGACGCCCACUACUCUAACACCAAAUCGGCCAUGACGCUGGGCCUCGGCGCCGACAACCUGGUGCUCGUCAACGUCGACGAAGAGGGCAGGAUGGACGUGGACCACCUGAAGGAGUGCAUCGCCAGGACCAAGCAGGAUGGUGCCCUCCCCUUCUUGGUCACCGCCACGGCAGGCACCACCGUGCUCGGUGCCUACGACCCUCUGGACGCCAUCGCCGACGUGUGCCAGGCGGAAGGACUGUGGCUCCACGCCGACGCCGCCUGGGGGGGAGGGGCCCUCCUGUCCCCCAAGCACAAGCACAAGCUCAGGGGAAUCCACAGGUCAGACAGUGUAACGUGGAACCCGCACAAGCUGUUAGCCGCCCCCCAGCAGUGCUCAGUGUUUCUCACCAGACAUCUGGGAUUACUUACCCAGUGUAACUCUGCAAGUGCUCCUUAUCUCUUUCAGAAAGAUAAGUUCUACGACACGAAGUACGACGUCGGAGACAAGCACCUCCAGUGUGGACGUCGAGCCGAUGUUCUCAAGUUCUGGACGAUGUGGAAAGCGAAGGGAACCAAGGGGCUGGAGAGGCAUAUCGACCACUUGUUCGAGAUGACAAAGUUCUUCACGGAAACCAUUCGCGAUCGGGAAGGAUUCAGGCUUGUGCUGGAGCCUCAGUGCACCAACGUGUGCUUCUGGUAUGAGCCGCCCUCACUGCGGGGGAAACGCAACCACGAACAGUAUCCGCAGCUCCUGAACAACGUUGCUCCUCGGAUUAAGGAGCGGAUGGUGAAGACGGGGGCCAUGAUGAUUACGUACCAGCCUCUGCACAGUCGGCCCAACUUCUUCAGGUUGGUGCUCCAGAACUCCCAAGUCAACGCCGAAGACAUGAAAUACUUCGCCAACCAGAUCGAAGUUCUUGGCCGAGACCUGUGAGGGGUUUUGGCAGCGGCAGGAGAGUCUCGCGUGGGCUAGGUUCCCAGGGGCACGAGUGUUGCAGGUCUUCAAAGAGGUGCUCGUUUUUAUAAGGGGUCGUUAUUGCUGAGUCAAUGGAGUAUGGUUGUGGAGGAUAGUGAAUAUAGUUACUGAAGAAAACACAUUAUAUUGUGGAUACAUAUAUGUGUGCGUGUGUAUGUGUGU